AUGUCCUCUACACCUGUGUUGAAGGCAUCUGAUAUUUCCGAUGAAUUGAAAACUGAAAUCUUUGAUAUCAGUCUAAAAGCCCUCGAAGAGUUCAAGUUGGAGCGUGAAAUUGCAGGUGUUAUCAAAAAACAUCUAGAUAUUAAGCAUGGGAGCACAUGGCAUGUUAUUGUGGGCAAGAAUUUUGGUAGUUACGUAACUCACGAAAAGGGGCACUUCAUGUAUUAUUAUAUUGGACCUCUUGCCUUUCUAGUAUUUAAAACAGCCUAA